AUGCCUGGCCGGGCCGGGCCGGAGGGCGGGCGGCUCUGCCUCGGCGAGCGGCCCCGGCCGCCGUUCUCGGGGAAGGGGAAGAAGAAGGGCUGUGGGUGCCGUGAGGCCCAGGCCGCGGGCCAAGGGCCCUUCCGCGCGGGGAGUGAGGCAGCCAGGGGCGCCUUCCUUCGCCCGCUGAUGUUUGGGAGUUUCCGCAGCAGCACGAGCGGAGUUUUUGGAGACUGAACGUUUCUCCUCUGUCCCCCUGGGACAAGGUGUGUGAAGCGGUUACCUCUGUAACGGCUCCCCCCUCCUCCCGCCGCCAGGUGUCAUUAACACAAUCGCCAAGUUAGCCAAGACCUGCACCCUGCGCCUUACUGUCAGCAAGCUGUAUUUCAUCCUCUCCGACAAAGUGGCGAACGGAGGCGUCAGUAUGUGGUGUGAGCUGUGCCAGAUGGAAGGAGUAGCUGCAGAGCACAAUGAAAUCUAUUUGGAGUUGGUGCCUGAGAACCUGUCAAGAGCAUUAAAAACUGCUCAGAGUGCUAAGGCAGUGAAGAUCAAGUUGACUAACAAACACUGUCCCUGUCUCAGAGUUGCUGUGGAGCUACCAUCCUUAUCGAGCAGCAGCAGGAUUGUGACACAUGAUAUUCCUGUGGGGGUUAUUCCUAGAAGAUUAUGGAAUGACUUCAGAGAGCCCAGUGUGCCAGACUUCGAUGUCAGUAUUUACCUUCCAGUGCUGAAAACAAUGAAGAGUGUUGUGGAGAGAAUGAAGAAUCUCAGCAAUUCCAUUGUGAUUGAAGCAAACUUGAAUGGAGAAAUGAACUUGAAAAUAGAAACUGACUUAGUAUCUGUAACGACCCAUUUUAAAGACUUGGGAAAUCCUCCCUGGACAUCAGAGGAUGGUUGUCAAAGUUCUGCUCAAGACAGAGAUCUGGAAAGCAUGGCUGAGGCACGCAUAGACAUCAAGAAGCUGCAGCAGCUGCUUGCUGGACAGCAGGUCAAUCCCACAAAAGCAUUGUGCAAUAUUGUAAGUAAAAGAAUUGUCCACUUCAUCUUGCUCCAUGAGGAUGUUUCACUUCAGUAUUUUAUUCCAGCACUUGCCUGAAUGAUUUGGAAUCUUGGUCAUUUUCCUACCUGAGGCCUUUUCCAUGACGUCCAAAAACUUUCAGGAGUUGCUGGAGUACUUGCAUCUGAUGCUGUUGGAUGCAGCCGUCAGAUGGACAUUAUUUUUAUAUUUAUGAAAUUACUCAAAAUACCUCCUCAUCCAGAAGGCCAUUUUUGUGAAGAGUUACAUACUAUGAAAGAGAGAUGCUGGGGAGUUGGCAUAUCUAUUACAGGAAGCAAAACUGAAAUUUGUAUGUGCUUUUGGGAUGCCUUGAGCUAUGGGGAAGGGAACAUAGCAUUUUUUUUCUCGUCGACAAGCAUCAAGGUAGAAUUGAUCUCUGGAGCUGCUGCUGGGUGUAUUCAGUAUUGGACAAUGCAGCUCCAAGUCAAGAGAUCUCCGAGCAAGCUGUCAUACCUCCAUGGAGCAGGAGAGCCCUCUGGAGAGUUGACAUAUUGGUGUUUGCCUGGGCAGGUAAGCGCAGCCCUCCUGGAGUGGUACUGGAUUGACUUCUCCAGCAGUGAUAUAUGUGGGCUUGAUGCUGCUGCAUGUUGUGACACAGAAAUGUGUCUGAGGCAGAGGAGCAUCCUGUGGCUGCUAGCAUGUAACAGGGUGUAACAGAUGCUAAGGAACACCAAAGGCUCAGCAGAGUCUGUUUGUACCUGGUUGUAUCUUUUGAUCUGACUUGCUCCAGCAUACCUCUGUAGUUCUGUUGGUGCUUGAACUGUGUUUCAUUCUUGCCCAGAGAGGACGAGUCUGAAUUACCUUGUUAAUGUGGGCACUGAAGGUCUCCAUCUGUGUACAGAAUGAAUAUCAUAUGAGGACAUGUAUGAACACGUAGAUUGGUGUGAACUGAAGGGCAAGUUAGCUGUGGAUUUUUUCCCUUUCUAGAUAGAAAGCAUUCAUUGUACAACCUGUGUCAUGGUGAGAUUGUAUCGAGGCUCUGAUGCUGAGCAGCCAAGAGCAUGACCAAGUUUUGCUGACAGUACUGCCCCUGUUUUACUUCCUGGUUAUCUUUUGAGGUCUUUUCCUCCUUAUUCCAUGUGCAAUUGUAUUUAUUAUCCAGCCAUGUUCCAUGUAGCCUUUGGUCUUCCACAGGGUUUUGAAUACCUUGUGAAACUUCUUGUUUUAGAAAUAGUGAGUGAGUCUUUGCUGCCAAAUGGGACUGGGAGUUUCUGCUAGACAGUAACUGUUGUCAUGGUCAGAAGUGAUGUUUUUUGGGUUGUGGGUUUUGUGGUUUGGUGUUUUUUUUUUUUUUUUCCAAGGGGCAUUCAGGUUAAGGGAGCAAUUAAACGUUCUGUUCUUGCAGAUGCAGAUAGUGAAGAGAAGGCUGAAGGAGAGGUAGUGGCCUGGGAAUGUUAUGCUUCUUUGCCUUCUUCCACCAUUUCUAUCAGACUAGCCAGAAAGGAUCUUCCAAAUCCUGUUAGUUUUCAUGGGCCGUUAUCCAGAAAAUCUGUGUAAGGUGAAUAGCUAUACACUAUGUUUCAGCAAUUAAUUGGUAAGAGGUAUGUGGUAAAUAGUCCUGGGUUUUCUCCUGAGGAGUGGGGAAAAACUGUCACAUUCUAUAGAGUGUGCACUAUAAAAGCAGGCUUCGAAGUCUUUGGAUUUUCUCUUUGGAAAAUGCGUUCUGUGUAACCUGAUGGAAAUGGCUUUUUCUAGUACAGCAUAAGAACUAGUAAUAAUGGCCUCUCAGCUAUGUGGGCUCCAUGACUGCUAUUUUUAAAAUGAGAUCAGAAGUUAUAAUUGCAAGACAAAUGUGUGUUGGUUGUUUUUUUUUUUUUUAAUAAAAAAUAAAUAAAAGUGGAGUAAUGCUGGUACAGGUUUGGAUUAUGCCAUGAGAUGUCCAUUUCAUAUUCUGGAGGGGAGGAGGCUAGACGGACCACCAGAGGUGAAGUCUCUCCAGCCCCAGUGCUUUCUUACCGUUCCCACCUAAAUAUAUAAGGAUACAGCUCAGCCCUUACAUCCAGUUGACACAUACGACACAUACAUGCUGAUCAGAGGGAAAAUAAUAUUUACUCAGGUUUAAACCUGCUGUCAUCUGUGAAUCCAGUUGUCAGAGCCCUGAGGACAAUACAGGGCCUUAAUGGCCCUAAGCAGCCUCAUUGGGGACCCCUACCCACCCCCUGUCCCUGGGCCCACAGAUCCUAUUUCAGCUCAGGCUGUGGCACAGUGUACUCCCCUAAGCCAUGUUGUAGGUGGGCCAGGGACCAGCCCUGUUCAUGAAUUGAUGUUUGGAUUUCCUGGAUUGGCUUCAGAUGGGAGCUGUUGCUGUCACCACCUGGUUCUGCGGGCCUGUGCCCCAGCUGUGGGGGUGCUGCCUAGCCUGCUUUGUGGCCACCCUCUGCUCCUGGCUCCUCCUCACCCCUGGAGCCACCUUGCUCUUGGUGCUCCCUCACACCAAGAAUGAGAAGUAUUUCUCAUUAACAGCCCUGGCUGGUUCCACAUGAUCAACCAAUUGUUUUAUGCUAGAAAAUUUUUGUUGUGGCUUAAGCUACCAAGACAAAACAGAGUUGUGAGCCGCUAAUCCAGUUUCUCUCCAGCACUUUGUUCUCCUAACACAUUACUGUUAUGGGAUGUUAGGAGUGGCCACUACAUCGAGCAGCUCUGGCCUAGGAUUCCCAAACAGCUGCUGGAGCCCAGCCUCAAAUACCUGGCUACCAGGGCUGUGUAUGGCCUGGGCUGAGGGAUGUAGCUGCUGCUUUCCACUUGCAGUUUCAACCAGCAGUGAAGCUGAGCUUGUGUCCCAGAGACAGACACACACAGGACGCUGACACAGCUGGU